AUGACGCUCCCAGGCGCGGCUUCGUCGAGCCAAUCUUCUAACCUUGACAGAUAUCAGUCUGUACCGCACACCUCCCUGCCUCCGGAGAAUUCCCACCGGGAUCCGUCCUCACAAGUUCUACCCCCUUCCGACCCGCAGCGGCCCUCGGACUUAGCUCCGAGUGCGCCACCCGCCGCUCCGGGAUCCCUCGACCGCCCGCAUCUCGACAACGUAACCCCGCGCCUAUAUCGCGAGCGAAACCCCGAGUCGUUCCGGAAUGGUGGGACUUACUCUUCGGUGAUUGCGGAACAGCGCUACGGGAAGGGCGCCGGGAAGCAAUCGGCUACACUACCUGUCUUACAGGCCAAGUCCGACUCGAACUCGUCGCAGAGGAAGCGGCAGCAGCAGGGCACCGGAGACGGUCCCGCGCAAGCUCCUGACAGUCGUGGUCUGGGGCCAGCUGCCGACGUUAACGACGGUCGUCUGUCUGGCUCCCGCUGGAAGAAGCCGCGUCUUGAUUCCCCCCGCAGCAUCGAUCUCAGCUCGCUCGUCUCGCCGAAGGUAUACACGACAAUUGAAGAUCCUACGUCUCCAAUAUUCUUCUCUUCGACCAGCUCACGGGCCAACAUGACGCGACCGCAUCCAAAAUAUGCAACGGCCGAGGCCACGGCGAACAUGAUAGAUCGCAUGCGGCAGCCCGAAUCAGUCACAACACAUCAGCUCGCGAGGGGGAGCAUAGACUCUAACAGUCCCGCGAGGUCUGUUAGUACCCAUGCAAGUUGGCCCUUUGAAGGGAGGGGUUCUUCCAAGAGCCCUGGUUCAGUACCCUCACACCUGCAAUCGCUUCAGUCUAUCGGUACUGUUGAGUUUCUGGAACAGGAUGAGCGGCCUACAUUUGUUGUUGAUCUUACGAGCGUGGCUUCGUCGAGUCCUGAGCAGCUUCCCAUUAUGUUUUCUAAUGCGGCGUUGCGCGCGUCGCCUAUGCUUCUCGACCUCUUGUCACCCGACACGUCCGAAUCACCUGCUAGUAAGGAGUUCGCCAGGUUCAAGGCAUGGGUUGUGAGCUACAUCAAGGACAAACAGUCCACGGACGUUCUGCUGCCAUCAACAGCAUAUGGAAAUGUUACAUGGACUUGUUGGACGCUUCGAAAGAGGUAUCGUGUAGUGAGCGGGUCGUGGCUUGCGGCAGCCGACGCCAAGGAAUCCACGCAGCUGCAUCGCACAUCUCCGAUAACAGUUAUCGAAACAUCCCGGGCCAGUACCCCAGAUCUGGGCCCUACCACACCGCGUGAACAGAAUGCAGAGAAUGACGACUACUUCGGCCCAACAGAGGAUACUAUGCAACACUAUGACCUCGUGAUGGCAGAGUCUCCAGCCGACUUUUACUCAGAAGCCGAUCCUGCCCGGCUGGGUCUUCACAUGGCUGAGACCACGGGGGAACCUGGCCGCACUUCAUUUGACUGGACCAGGAUCGCGGUUCAUCCGGGUUUGGACGCACACUUCAUUUUUGCGCGGUCCAUUGACUGGGCUCGAACUUCACUGGGGCCCAUGGAGCACUGGCCGCCGGACCUUCGUGUUAUGUCUAACCUUAUCAUGGGGAGUCCUAACCCGGCCGCCAUGUACUGGGGCGAGGAGUACACGGCAAUCUAUAACGAGGCUUACACCCAGCUGGCAGGUCAGAAACACCCCAUGAUGAUGGGAACCUCAUACAUUCAUGUCUGGGCCGAGAUCUGGGACUCGAUCAAACCGGUUUUUGAGAAUGCGUGGAACCGAGGCCAGGCAACCAUGAAAAAUGACGACCAGCUAUUCAUCAUCCGGAACGGGUUUUUGGAAGAGACAUAUUUCAGUUGGUCCAUCAUUCCGCUGGUUGGCGGAGAUGGUAACGUCGUCGCGCUCUACAAUCCGGCGUGGGAGAACACACGCCGCAAGGUCAACGAGAGGAGGAUGCAGACACUGGGGGUAAUUAACGAGAAGACAGCGCCGGCGAGAGACAUCAAGAGCUUUUGGCAGUUGGCACUCAAGGGACUCGAGUUCAACGAAUUCGACAUACCGUUCGUCUUGAUGUACUCGACCUGUCCCGACGAGUCAGAAAGCGAGGUUUCAUCUUUGCACUCGGGAAGUUUGGCGAACCCGCCCACCGUGGUAUUAGAAGGAUCCUUGGGAGUGCCAGCAGGCCACCCAACCGCAGUAAAGUACCUCGAUCUGCGCACCAGUGAUGAAGGAUUUGCGCCGUACAUGCGCGAAGCUAUGAGCUGUACCGACAGUCCUAUAGUUUUGAGCAAAGAAUCCGGGACAUUGCCGCACCAUCUGAUCAACGGUUUCGAGGGACGAGGGUUUGGAGACCCCGCAAGGACUAUCGUUGUUUUCCCUGUUCACCCAACGCCAACAGGCGAAGCUGUUGCGGGCUUCAUCGUAAUGGGCACCAACCCGAGAAGACCGUAUAAUGAAGACUUUGAACUGUUUAUCAAACUCCUCUCCCGCGCGCUGGCCACGUCCAUGGCCUCGGUUGCGCUUUUCGAGGAAGAGAUUAGGAAGGGCCAGAAAGCGGCACGGAUAGCUGCUCUAGAUCGCCAAGAACUCUCAUUACAGUUGCGCCUUCGAACUCAAGAGGCUGUAGAAAGCGAGUACAAGUUCAGCAGGAUGGCCGAAUUUGCACCUGUGGGCAUGUUCAUUACGAAUAACCAAGCCAAGAUCACUUAUAGCAACGAUAUGUGGUGGCAGAUAUCACGGCAUCCGCGGUCGCAUGACACGUUGGGGAGCUGGAUGCAGAGCGUGCGCGAUGAGGAUCGGCCUGGGCUAGAGGAAGUGUGGACCAAGCUUAUGACUGAAAAGGUGACUACUACGCAUGAAUUUCGGUUCAAGUCGAGCAGUCAGGCCGAGGGACAUCCGGUCGAUACAUGGGUCCUGCUGAGUGCUUUCCCCGAGAAGGAUGCCAACGGUGACCUCAAGCGCAUUUUCGGCUGCAUAACCGACAUCACCCAACAAAAGUGGGCUGAGACGUUCCAGCGACAAAGGAGGGAGGAAGCGGUCGAGUUGAAGCGCCAGCAGGAGAACUUUAUCGACAUGACCAGCCACGAGAUGCGCAAUCCACUCAGCGCCAUUCUGCAGUGUUCCGACGAGAUCACGAGUGGACUAGCACGGUUCCGCAGCAGCAACCAGACGUUGGAUAUGGACUUGCAGCUUCUCAUGGAUGGUUGUCUUGAGGCUGCCAACACCAUAGCCCUCUGUGCCAGCCACCAAAAACGCAUCGUCGAUGACAUCUUGACCUUUUCCAAACUUGAUUCACAGCUGCUUCUUGUGACGCCGGUUGAUGCACAGCCAAUAGCUGCUGUUCAGAAGGUCCUCAAGAUGUUCGAAUCUGAAAUCAGGAGCAAUCAAAUUCGGGUCGAAUUCCGGGUCGAAAAGUCGUACGAGGAGCUUGGUGUUGAUUGGGUCAAGAUCGAUCCCUCGAGACUGCAGCAGAUUCUGAUAAAUCUCAUGACCAACGCCAUCAAGUUUACCAAUGCGCGUGACUCGCCGACCAUCAUCGUCAGCAUGGGUGCCAGCCGGAACAACGGGGACGGGGCGGCGCCGGUGUCUGGGCUGAACUACUUUCCGACUCGCUCACCAGCCACUGAAAAUAUCACCGACAAGCCCGAAUGGGGUAGUGGAGAGAAGGUCUACCUCCACUUCUCCGUCACCGACACUGGACCGGGCUUGGAUGCUAAGGAGAAGAAGCUGCUGUUCCACAGGUUCUCACAGACAUCUCCCCGAACACACGUGCAGUAUGGCGGGUCGGGGCUCGGUCUCUACAUCUCAAGAAUUCUAUCCGAGCUCCAGGGUGGGCAGAUAAGCGUGGUUAGCGAGAAGGGCGUUGGAAGCACAUUUGCAUUUUACAUUCAGGCCCGCAAGGUAGACCCUGCGAAUAUAUCCCCCAACGAGUUCGCGGCAGAUUUUUCCCUGAAGGUCGAUGUUGCAGCAGCAUCCAAGAGCAAUGGCGGCGCCGCUAGCAGUAGUAGCAGCAUCGCCAAGCCAACUCCGUUGUCUGCCAUAGAAGGCGCAUCCUACACGCUCGGAAAGACUACCAUUAGCCCUACAACGACGUCACCUGUGCCAACUAUGAACGGAGGAUCACCGCAACGGCACCGAGAUGUAAUUAAUGCAUCAGGAGCGACGACUAGGAGCCCGACACCAGGCGCAACCCAGCAGAACCAUCGUCCCCUCGAUGUGCUCAUAGUCGAGGAUAAUCUGGUAAAUCAGCGGGUGCUACAACGACAGCUUGUCAGGUGCGGCAACAACACGCUCGUGGCCAACCAUGGGCAGGAGGCACUUGCGACCUUGCGGAGGUCACGAUUCUGGCGGCAUGGGGUUCUUGAAGAACAGCAGCAUCAGCUUGGCGGUACUGCAGAGCAAUUACUGAAGCUGGGGACAACCACGUCCGAGGACCCACCCACCCCGGAUACAAGCAUGACAAGUACAGGCCAGCAGGAGACCAACAUCAACAUUUCUGUCAUAUUGAUGGACCUUGAGAUGCCAGUCAUGGAUGGCAUGACGUGUGCGCGCCGGAUUCGGGAGUUGGAGGAGCUAGGGGUUAUUGCGCACCACAUACCAAUUAUCGCAGUGACGGCGUAUGCGCGGCCCGAGCAGAUUGAAACCGCGAAGGCUGCCGGCAUUGACGACGUCAUUUCGAAACCGUUUCGCAUACCCGAGCUCAUACCCAAGAUAGAGGAGCUGGUGUCGAAGUUUGACACGGACGCUGCUACUUUUGGCUCCAGUAGUAUGGACAUCUCACCCGCUGAGCCCAUGGCCACUUCAACACCUACUGCCACCGCGCCUCCGCCGCCCCCUGCUGCAACGACUGCGGUUGCAUGACGGGCUUGGUAAUCAUUUCGUCUUUUGCGAUACCUAUACAUAACUACCUGUAUCGCACAUACACUUGUCGCCGCUCGACCUUUGAUUUAUCACCUUUUUUCUUUUCUUUGUUUGGUUGGUUUCUUUGGCUCUUAAUCCAAUGAUGAUACAUGGUGGGCUCGGAGUUGCUGUUUCACCCUUUUAUUUACUCUCUUUUGUUUCGUUUGGGCUGUUGGUUACAGGAUACCACUAUAUGGAAGGCGUCUGGGUGGAAAUAGAUAGACAUGAGGCCAUUGUAGGAUGCAUUAAGGCUGGCUGGUUCGUGUUUUUCUUUCUGAGGUUUUCGUUCUUUUUUGUUGUUGUGUGGGUUGGUUUCUUUCAAACAUAUAUCCCAGCAGCAGUCUACAGCCCUGGGACGAGAAUGAAGCAACGAGUCAACGAUUGGAAUGUUACCUGACUAUGCAUCUUGCUCGUUAUUAACCAUGUGGAAGGGGAUCUUUGGGAGGGGUCGCCUUCAGACUGUGGUUCCUACAUGGCAGACCGAUCGUGGUACAGGGAGAAACUAGGAUGAUUCUCACUCUCACUGUGAUGAAAAGCAACUUAUCUAGAAA